CAAGCAUGUGUUAAAGAGUCGGUUGUUGACGGCCUGGGCGGCAAUCGCACCAUGAGAUCCGGCUUCGGCUCUAACAGCUCCACCAUGUUCUCCAUCUGGGGUUCACUAAGCUCUGGGGGGAUUUCUAAUGUUUAGCUGGGGUAAACACAAGAUACUCACUGCAGCGCAUCUUCCAUUUCUUUGAGUAGAGAAACAGUCGUACAAAUGGGCGAACUACCAUCGUCUCGUGGCUUUACCAUAUUGGUUAACGGAAAAUUCUUCCAAGCGCCGCUGCCCAACGCGGACGCGGCGGCCGUCGGCCCUACCUUUACAGAGUGCAUGAUCAUCAGGGAUGGCAUCAUCCAGUAUGUUGGUCCUGAAGCAGAUGCCGCGGUAGAUGCGGCUAAAGCUGCGGGCGCAACGAUCAAGGAUCUGGGCCAUCAGACUGUGCUCCCCGGAUUUAUCGACGGCCACUUACACCUUCUUCUCGUCGGACAGGCUCUCACCAAGGUUGGCUUGGAAGCGUGCACGAGCCUAGAGGAUAUCCAAACCGAGAUCAAGCAAUAUGCCAAGGCCCAUCCGGAUGUACCGCGCAUCUUUUGCCGCGGCUGGAUGCAUUCGAUGACUCCCGAAGGCGUUGAUUCCACUUUGUUGGACGGUCUAGAUCCUCGGCCUAUCUUUGUUGAUACGAAGGACCUGCAUUCCACAUGGUGCAACACGGCUGGGUUGAAGGAGGUUUGUCGUGUUAUGAAUAUUGCGGAUGACGCCCCAGAUCCGGUGGGUGGCACUUUUCAGCGCGAUAAAAACGGCAAACUUAAUGGAGUCUUUAACGAGAGCGCCGUGUUCGAGUACAUUUGGCCGUUCACCGCCAGAGUCGCUUCGGUGAAAGCCAGAAAAGAGGCCAUCAAGGCAGCGAUCAAGGCUUUCAACUCAGCUGGCUAUACUGGCAUGGUCGACAUGGCCAUGGAUGAGCUCAUCUGGGAGCCCCUGGUUGCGCUGCGAAAUGAAGAAGGCCUCGGCGGUAUGCGCAUUGCUGCGUACUGGCUUAUGAAACCGAGUGAUUCUUUGGAGGAUGUGAUGUUGCAGAUUGAUCGUGCAAUCGAGUUGGCUGCACAAUACAAUUCUCACAGCACUCCAGACUGCCGCAUUGUCGGCAUCAAAGUCAUUUGCGAUGGAAUUAUCGAUGCUUGUACCGCUUCCUUAACUGAGCCCUACUCAACGGGAAAGACUCCCGAUCCCAUAUGGUCGGAAGAGUUUCUGAAUCCCAUGGUCUCCAAGGCUCAUGGAGCAGGGCUUCAAGUUGCUCUGCAUGCAAUUGGUGACCGGACAAUUCGCAUGGCAAUCGACGUUCUGGAGAAGAACACAGAUUGCUCGCGGCGCCCACGAAUAGAACACAUCGAGUUGUCCAGCGCUGAAGAUGCCGUGCGUCUCGGCAAGUUGGGCAUCACGGCAUCUAUCCAGCCCGUGCACUCUGACCCUGCCAUCUUGCGAGCCUGGCCGAGACUGAUAGGCGAGCACCGCUGCAAGCGAGCAUUCGCCUAUCGCGAGUUUGCUGAUGGAGGUGCCCCUUUGGCUCUCGGCUCUGACGCGCCUACAGCUCCGCAUCUUCCCAUCCCCAACAUGUACGUUGCGACAACGAGAAGGUCCUAUCGCGAGCCUGAGUUGGAGACUGUGAUCAAUCCCGAGUUCGCCCUUACAGUAUGCCAGGCUGUCUCGGCGGCGACACAUGGGUCGGCAUAUUCCACAUUCGCUGACGAGUGGACUGGAAGUUUGAAGAAAGGCCUCAAAGCUGAUUUUGUGGUUUGCAAUGUAGAGCUGACUCCAGAGAACUUGAUAAAAGGCGUGGUUAAAGAAACAUGGUUUGAGGGAACGCAAGUGUAUAAGGCGCUGGAAUAGAUUUCCCCUUGAUCAAGUUGGGUCAAGGCAAUCCUUUGUCUGAGCCAAAUAUCAGUAAUACACUUUUUAAGAUGCUUUCUUAAUCUUCCAUUGGAAUAAUUAUUAAAUUUUAUAAGCUCACUUCUGGUAAAUGGCGGAUACUCGCUUUGGAGGUGCUUGUACCAGGGACUAGUGGUAGUCUUCAGAUCUUUAUUGCGAUUAAUACUGUACAAGAAGCGGCAGGGAAUUACCCUCCGGGAGCUUGAUGGUUGAUCAAAAGGGUAUUAUAUGAUUUUGUUAUCGUUAAUUACAUCCUUAAUUCACUGACAGCAACUACGUAUGAAGACUUGCGUGCGGAGAUAGUGCGGA